GAAGGCGGGUCUGCGGGUAGAGGCCCUGGCGGUUUGUGUCGGUCCUCCAUUGAGCCCUGUGCUCCUCAUCUGGUCCCCAUGGCUGUCCAGAGAAACCGCUUUCCCGCGCUUCUUUCACACGUAAAAGGCAACCGAGGCUGAGAGAAGCCCCCAAACUUGCCUUGGUAAGCAGGCGCCAGAGCAGCGCUCUCAACCCCAGGAUGGAGGUCACGGUGAGCAGGUUUCCAGACACUAAUCUCCACGCCACGUUGAGUCCAACGUUCAUGAAUGGACCUUUUCAAUUGGCUGUUCUUUCUAAGUAGGUGUGAAGCGCAGGGCCCCUCCUCCUGCUACUUCCACAGUCAAUGGGUUUCAGAUCUGAAAACUGACUCAAGUCUGGGAACUGAGCAUGAGAUCAUGAUUUUUUAUUAAAGUGACUGCUCUCAGCCUCUUAAUCCAAUUUUAGUUUUGGGUUUUUUCUUAAUAGGUAAAAAGAUUAGCAAAUACAGCUCCACUGGCUAAAUCCAGACAACCACUUGUUCUUGUAAAUAAAGUUUUAUUGAAAGGCAGCUUUACAAUUGUUUACAUAUUAAGGCUGCUUUUGUGCUACAACAGCUGAGUUGAGCAGCUGUGACAGAGCAGGUGACCUGCAAAGCCUAAAAAAUAUUACCUGGGCCUUUAAAGUUUGCUCGUCCCGUUAAGAGACGCUAAGCAGCAUCCUUGUCAACCAUGCUGCCUCUAGGUGCAAAUCUACACUGCACCCCAUUAACCUUCUCCACAAUCCUCUGCAGAUAAAGCCCACUGACUGCCCUCCGACCUUACCUUUUGAAGAGUGAGGUAAUUAUGGCCUCCUGGCUUCUGGCAGGAUUCAUGUCUGGAGAGUUCCCUGAGAACACCCAACCCCGUGUGCUGCAGGCCCAAAAGGAACAAGGUGCCUUUCUCAGGAUGAGGAGGGACGCGCCGCAGUGCCCCUGGGAACUGGCUCUCCAGUGAAGUAGGAGUCGCCGGCCGGCCGCCUGCACCCAGCCGCUCGGCGCCGCGGCCGCUCAGCCAGUGCCAUGGCCGGAUCCGGCGCGUGGAAGCGCCUCAAAUCAAUGCUGAGGAAGGAUGAUGCGCCGCUGUUCUUAAAUGACACCAGCGCCUUUGACUUCUCGGACGAGGUGGGCGACGAGGGGCUUUCUCGGUUUAACAAACUUCGAGUUGUGGUGGCCAACGACGGUUCCGAAACCCCGGAAAGGCCUGCUAACGGGGCGCACUCGGCUCUCCAGGCCGACGAUGACUCCUUGCUGGACCAUGACUUACCUUUGACCAACAGUCAGCUGAGUUUGAAGGCGGACCCCUGUGACAACUGCAGCAAGCAGAGAGAGUUGUUGAAACAGAGAAAGGUGAAAACCAGAUUGACCAUUGCUGCCGUUCUUUACUUGCUUUUCAUGAUUGGAGAGCUUGUAGGUGGAUACAUUGCAAAUAGCCUAGCAAUCAUGACAGAUGCACUUCAUAUGUUAACUGACCUCAGUGCCAUCAUAUUGACCCUGCUUGCUUUGUGGCUGUCUUCAAAAUCACCAACCAAAAGAUUCACCUUUGGAUUUCAUCGUUUAGAGGUUCUGUCAGCUAUGAUUAGUGUGCUGUUGGUGUAUAUCCUUAUGGGGUUUCUCCUCUAUGAAGCUGUCCAAAGAACCAUCCACAUGAAAUAUGAAAUAAAUGGAGAUAUAAUGCUCAUUACUGCAGCUAUUGGAGUUGCAGUUAACGUGAUAAUGGGGUUUCUGUUGAACCAAUCUGGUCACCAUCAUGCCCAUUCCCACUCCCUGCCCUCAAAUUCUCCUACCACAGGUCCCAGAUGUGGACAAAACCAAGGGCAGGAUAGCCUGGCAGUGAGAGCUGCAUUUGUACAUGCCUUGGGGGAUCUGGUACAGAGUGUUGGUGUGCUAAUAGCUGCAUACAUCAUACGAUUCAAGCCAGAAUACAAGAUUGCUGAUCCCAUCUGUACAUAUGUGUUUUCAUUACUUGUGGCUUUUACAACCCUUCGAAUCAUAUGGGACACAGUAGUGAUAAUUCUAGAAGGUGUACCAAGCCAUUUGAACGUAGACUAUAUCAAAGAAGCUUUGAUGAAAAUAGAAGAUGUACAUUCAGUGGAAGAUUUAAAUAUCUGGUCUCUCACUUCAGGAAAACCUACUGCCAUAGUACACAUACAGCUAAUUCCUGGAAGUUCAUCUAAAUGGGAGGAAGUACAGUCCAAAGCAAAGCAUUUAUUAUUGAACACAUUUGGCAUGUAUAAAUGUACUAUUCAGCUUCAGAGCUACAGGCAAGAAGUGGACAGAACUUGUGCAAACUGUCAGAAUUCCAGUUCCUAACUGUGUAUAUAGGGGAGACUGCUGCCUUAUUUAUCCUGCAGUCACAGAUGUGAGAGCAAUAAAUGCACACCUGAGUGAGAAAUGGAAUCCCUGACGGCUGUGUCACUAUCAAGCACCAGUCUCUCAAAACAGACACUCCAGCCUGACAGUGGUAGUUUCUGUUUAAUGGUAAAAUGAGACUUCACCAUGAUUCUCAUAUGAAGAUGUUUCUAAAACACUGUUUACAGAAUGAGACAUGACUCUACAGAUACCUCAUAGAAGACAAUCCAAGACCGUACUUCACUAAUUAUGACAGUACAUGUUUUAAAAGAAAGCAUCAAGAAUUCAGUAUUUGCAUUUAAAAAUCCUUUUUAAAGACCAUUUUUAUAUCAAGCCAGUGCUGGAAAACUGUUUUUUUUUAUUAUGUAAUCUUGAACCCAGCUUCUUGAAUUUGACACCCAGCUCUCUUUUUACCAAAAUUAUUUCUCAAAGUACUACUAAUUAUCCAGAGGGUGGAAUAAGCAUGUAUUCCUAGAGUUUCAGAAAUGUUUUAUUUCACAAAUAAGUUCAAAUCUUAUUGUUAUAAUUUGUAAUCAACUAUUUCCAGAUAGUACCGGGUUUUGUAUGUCAAAGUUAGCAUUUUUGGUUAUUUAUAAUCUUAUCAGAAUCAAAUAUUAACAUAUUGUGGCCACUGAUUCUAAAUUGUUUAGGAGAUAUUUUCUGUGUUAUUCUGAAUAGGAGAAGUGAAUCAUAAACUCAAAUUAUAAUAUGAUACUUUGAAACAAAAUUUAGGAGUGAGAAUGGGUUGUGGGGUUUCAGAUUUAAGUCUUCCUGAAAUCACUUAUUCGUGGAAUUAUUUUAAGAACAGCAAGAGACUGCAGAAGGUAAACAGUGACUCUCUGUCCUUUUAAGAACUGCCUUGCUUUUUGUAUAGGAAGUUUGCUCGGCACCUUCCUUCCUGCUUCCAUACCAGUUAAUCUGUGGGAGCCCUUUGAGGGUAGAACUCUGGGAAAGUAAGUUUCAGCGUGCCCUCCACCUCUCAUGUGUAGACCAACCACCUUCCUCCAGGAGGAAUUUUGGAUCAAUGGUAUGGGUUAGGGAUUCUCCAUGGACUCCAGAAAUCCUAGGAUAUAAUUUUGAAGUUUUUCCAAUGAUAGUAUCAUAACAGAAAUGCCCAGAGGGAUUGGGGGAAGAUAUUACUCUGAGAAGACAAAAUUUUCAAGGGUCUUUGACCUUGUAUGUUCUUGUGUUUUGAAGCAGGGGAAUGGGGAUAGACAUUAAAUCUGUUGUGGGGAGGCUAAGCAUUAGUUUUCAGAGCAGAGGCAACUAAUUGGUAACGAUUGUGUUAAAGAGGCAGCUGUGAAUAUUCAUGUUUCAUUUUGCAACUGUUGGUUUUGAGAUUAUCUUUAUACAUGUUACAAAUCCAUUUUCAAGAACAGUUUCUUAUACCAAGAACAGAUAGGAUCCUUUGACUCCUCAGAAUCAGAGCAGAGCAGCAGUGUACCAGGCAAGUUGUGAACUGAAAUCCUAGAUGGGCAUGCAGAUGACUCCUGAUAUAAAUGAACAGGACACACACUUUAUCUUUCUGCCAAAUACCUCUCUAUGUAAUAAGCCUAAGAUAAAACCUGGAUUUACCCCAAAAUUUAUUGUUGACGGUAUCCAGUAAAAGGGUUGAUGAGGAUUAAUGGUUCCUAAUAAAACCUUGUGUUUGUUGAAUUGAAUAUUAACUUUAUGAGAAUCUUACUGUGAAUAUAUUUAAAAUAAUGAUUUGGAUUUUUCAAAAAUUUCAGUAGCACAUAAGCUGUUGAAAUCAAAAUAAAUAUAAAAUUAAAAUACAGAGGGCAAGUAAGAAUAAAUGAGAGGCAUUUCAGUAGACAUUUGGGCACUUGUAGACUUUGAGCACCUAGCAAGAGAAGGGAAAAGAAUAUGCCUUAAUGCUAAUUAUGCUAAUGGUUUCCCGGUAUUUGCAAAUUGUUCCUCAUAGCUACCCAGCUUGUUUCUUAUAAAUUUUCCUUUAUCUUAAAUAGCUAUACCUGACUUUUCAUAAUGACCCAUUCCUUGGAAAGUUACUUGAUGAAACAGUCUGAAAUACAUUUGAGGAUUGAAAGGAUCUUUUUGUAAAACGCAAAGACCAAAAACUUUUGUAAAUCUUAUAGUGUUCUCCUUAAAAUGAGAAACAUGAAGCUUGCCUAUGCUUUGCUUUUUGUAGCAAGGACUAUAGACUUUGUACUGGUACUUCACUGGGAGUAUAAGAUUUGAGGAUUGAUAGAUUUAACUUGUAACUUCAUAAGAUCCACAGAGAAGGAUAUAAACUUAGCAUAUACGACCAAGAAUUGCAAAGUUGGUCUGUCCUUCCCCCACCUAGUUACAGCCUGUAGUUAUACUCCUCAGCCAGCUCUCAAAAAGGGCUCUCCAUUGUCCAGCAAAGGCGGUGGCUGUAUGUAUGAACACCUAGCAUUAUUAAUUUUGCAUAAGGAAAACAGAUCACAACAUAAAAACUGGACAGUUCUUCAGUGAGGUGUAUUUUAGUUAUCAUUUGCAAAUAGUCAGAGUUACUUAUGUGUAUAACCUGUGUUUCACUGCUCUGGCCAGAUGCAGCAUUUUGACUUUUAUGGCCCAUUUCAUUAACAACCAUGCUGCUUUAGAAAUAUAACAUGGGGAAUAUAGUUGCAUAAGGCAUAUUUCAGAGGGCUUUGAAAUGCAGAACCAGAAGCAACUAAAUUCCUUCAUACAUUUUGCAUUAGCUAUUCCUUGUGUGACGUGAGCCUGGAUUUUCACAACUUGCAGCUCCCAUCAGUAUUGUUUGCCACAUCACUGGAUUUCUUAUUUCACUGUUUUCCAUUUUGGGUGCUUUGUUCCCAUUUCCUAAAACUAGUUUCCUGCUCUUAGGAGUCUCAGUGUUCUGGUGUUGUCUCUUGAGCCCAGGUGUCCUCACGGAGUGUUUGUCUUCAGUAGAAUUUUCCCAGAAUAGACACAGGAUCAGAUAUAUGAGCUUCCCUUUCAUUUUAAUGUGAGGAAAAACCAUUCUUCAGAGACAAAGCACCACUUAUAAAUGUGUUUCUGGGUAGGGCAGAACCUUUGUUUAAGCUGCUGAUUGUUCCUGAUCCAAGUUUCUCUGCACACCGAGUUUUAUGCUAAGUGUGGUAGAAGUAGAUGCACUGCACAAUCACAAGCCAGGAUCACUGCUAAGAUUCACACAACCACUCUUACCACAGAGAAGCGUUCACUUCUGAAACAAGCACAAUUAAUGUAUUUUCUAAAUGUAUUUUCUUCAGUUGGUCAACGAAAUAAGGUAUUAUAUAGAAUUUGAGCCCCUUUGGAAUGAGGUUUUAGACACUUUUGCUGUUGCCUCUGCCUUAUGUAUAUUAUAGUAAAUUUAAAGUUACAGAAUGUGUUCACAAGACUAGUUCAUUGGGUUCAGUUUGUCUUUGAAUCAAACUUCACUUGGGUAUUAUUAGUCACAAAUGUAUAGUGACACUUUGCUGUAUGCUCUGUUGAGGGGAGGCCAGCUUGAUCCCCAAAUUGUUGUUAUGCCUAAUGUCUCUCUGACCACAAUAUCAUUUGCAAACCCUGGCUACAGAUCUGUCCUGUGAAUCCGACCAGACAGGGCUUCACAUUUAUGUUACCGAUCGCUAGCCAGGGAUAUUGCUUGUGAUGCCAGUAGGAGCACACAAAUUGUAGAGAAGAACUAUCAUGGGAAGUCCUCAGUGUUAAAUUGUAUGUGUGCCCCUCUGUUACACAUUCCAGCCAGCCGGUCAUUGAAUUCUCGCUUUCCAAAGAUUUAACUCAUUCUUCUAGUCAUAUUGUGAUGACCAACAAACAUUUUCUAAUUUUUGGUUAGAUUGGAAAACACUUAAGAAGACUCCCAGUUAAACCUAUGACAGUGUCAAUUUAAAUAUUGCAAUUAAGUAUAUUCUGAAAUAACUGCAACAAAAUUGAAAUGUGCCAAUAUGUCAACUUUGCACCUGAAAGAUAAUGUAUAUUUGGAAAGCUUAUGCUUCUCUAAAUAAAUACAUGUUAAUAAGUAAGCCAUAUCACACUUUAAGAAAUUGUAUAUACUUUCCCAUAUACACUUUCAGAAACCAGGUAUUUUGCAUAAUGGUUGAUUUUUAGAAAGAUUUUGAAGCUGGAGUCUGUCCAUGUAAUUUAAAAUCCAACUAUAGUAUAUGUAUAUGUACUGAAUUUGCGAUCUUCAAAUUAUAAUUUCCUAUACAUUUAUUAAAGUAUUGUUUUGCCAUGUGGUUUAUUAAAAAAGUGAAAGUGUACAGUGCCUUAAAUUUCUAGGUAUUUAAAAUCAAAUAAUCAUAGUAGGCCUCAAAAUGUAAUCUUCAUAGAAAGAAAAACAUUGGAAAAUAGAUUUUAAGCUAUCUAGUUUUAGAAUCUCUAAUUUAAUGUCCUCUUAGAUGUUUAAGAAAUAAACCUGAAGAAAAUCUUCCAGAGAGGACAAAAGAGAGAUUGAAAUAACCUUUAUCUUUUUAUAUCUGUCACUUCUUAAAAAACUUUUUUUUGGCCAUGCUACAUGCAGGAUCUUAGUUCCCCAACCAGGGAUGAACCUGGACCCCUGCAGGGGGAGUGGGGUGCCCUAACCACUGGACCUCCAGGGAAUUCCCAUAUCAGCCCCUUUUGAUGUCCCUGCAGCCCAGCAACAAUGGCACAAAGGAAAGAAAGAAGCUGCUGUGGGAGUCAGUUUGGUGAGGCCCAUUGGAAAGUGAGCUCAAUGCCCCAAGGACCUCCAACCGUUGCAGACCAGGGCUCAGACACACCUCACUGGCCCAUCUGCCACAAUCUGUUUCUUUGGCCCAAGUUGCUGAGGGUGGUUUCCUCAUUUUUUAACGUUAAAAAAUCAUAAUAAUAUUUCAUGAUGUGAAAAUUACAUAAGGUACACUUCAGCGUCUGUAAAUAAAGUUACUUGAACACAGUCACACUCAUUCAACCACAGCUGCACUCAUGCUACAGUGGCAGAAUUGAGUAGUUGUGACAAAUAUAUUUACUGCUUGUCCCUUCAUAGAAAAAGUGUGCUGGCCUCUGGUGUGCCCUGUUGUAUCACUUUAGGACCAUAACAGCAUAAAUGGGUGCACCAAGCUCUCAACAGAGCCCGCUUGGAAGUUCCUGUGAUUGGUUGAUCUGACAGCUAACCAAGUCACCAAAAGAUCUUCUCCUCCCUUUAUCAUUUUUCUUUUCUUUAUCCGCCUUGGAGUCUGGGGCCAAAAUAUAGAGAAGGAGUAGCAAGAUUUCAAUUACCAUAUGUUCUACAUAAUGUUCAGCAGCAAAGCCAUUUUCUAUAGCACCAUGGUCACUAGCACCAUUUAAGAAUACUUUCCAACAUAGAGCUUAUUCACCUGAAUUUUUAAAUUUUGCACAUAAAUUAUUACCAAAAAAAUGAAUGAAAUAAAAAUAUAUACAUGUUGAAUACCUUACGUAGUUGGUACCAACUGGGAGCUCACAAACAAAAAAGAUAACAUUUUAUCUGCUAAGUAAAUUGAAAAUUGCUUAUAAGGCUUUUAAAACAGUAUGUUCUUUAAAGUUUUUCAGGUACCCAGCUAGUAAAAGACAACUAUUUUUGAAAAUAAUAAUACAGUUUUAGAUAUGUUAUAUUAGUAAGCACUUGUAUGUUACAUACUCUUUGUGACAUACUCUUUGGUCUAUUUCUAUUUUUUUGAUGUUUUAUUUUUGGGGUUCGUGUCAUAUAUUAAAAUAAUCCUAAUUUGGGGUACCAAUCUUAUAGACUUGUUUAUGUUAAACUUUCAGCCUUACUUAAUAUAUUAGAAUAAUUUUUUUGUUAUAUUUCAGCUCCAACUAUGAUCUACUAUAAUUGCUAUAAGCUGUGAAAUAAAUGAAGCAUAUAUAGAAAGUA